AUGGCUUUCCAAAGUUAUUCUUCCACCUUUCCCCAGCUUUCGAGCCAGAUUGACACCAAGACCUCCACAUUCCAGGAGAAUCUGUCGAAAUGGGAGACGAUCUUGCACAAGUUCGAUGCUGCGUCUGCUAAAGCAAGCUCCGAAAGUACGUCGCCAAGAGCGAUCGAGAAGCACACUGCACGGCAAUUGCUUGCACGUGAUCGAGUCGCCCUACUUCUUGAUCCCGGAACGCCUUUCUUAGAACUAUGUACUUUCGCUGGCCAUAACCUGAAGAACUCUUCACCCUCUGCCAGCUUGGUCACUGGUAUCGGCGUAGUAAGUGGGAUUAUCUGCAUGGUUUUAGCACACAUACCAUCCUUACAUGGAGGUGCCUGGAAUGAAUACACUGUAUUGAAGCAGAAUCGCAUCACAGCGAUUGCCUCCGAGAACAAUCUCCCCCUGAUCGCUCUUGUCCAGUCGGCUGGUGUUUUUCUUCCUCAGCAAUUCAAAGUCUUCCACAAAGGCGGCCAGAUAUUCCGAGACCUUGCUCUUCGCUCUAAGAAUGGUCGACCAAGCUGUGCUGUUGUAUUCGGGUCUUCGACUGCAGGCGGAGCUUAUCACCCUGCCUUAUCAGACUACACUAUCUUUGUCAAGGACCAGGCACAGGUGUUCCUGGGAGGGCCACCGUUAGUGAAAAUGGCGACGGGUGAAAUCGCAGAGGCCGAAGAGCUUGGCGGAGCAGAUAUGCAUUCGACCAUAACAGGACUGUCCGAUCAGUUGGCUUCUGAUGAACUCGAUGCGAUUCGGAAGGCCAGGGAAUGGAUCCUGACAACUUCCGCUGUGCACCAUCAGUACUGUCGUCCAGGGCGUGUGAUAAAGUGUCGUGAGCCGAAAUAUGACGUUGAAGACUUGCUCGGAUUCGUCAAUCCAGAUAUCAGACUACCGCUCAAUAUGAUGGAGGUGUUGCUACGGAUCGUAGAUGACUCGAGGAUAGAGCAGUUCAAGCCUCAGUAUGGCAAUGGUAUGAUAACAGCAUGGGCCUAUAUCCACGGACAUCUUACUGGUGUCAUUGCCAAUCAGCACCCAGUGAUACUACCAAAUGAGUCGGACAAGGCCACACAGUUCAUUCGUCUAUGUAACCAAGGUCGCAAUCCUAUAGUCUUCCUGCACAACGUUACAGGCUUUAUGGUUGGCCUUAAGACUGAGAGAGCAGGUCUAAUCAAGAAAGGGGCCCAGCUUGUCAGCGCGGUCAGUACUAGUACUGUCCCCCACAUCGGCAUCAUCUGCGGCGCAUCCUACGGCGCUGGAAACUAUGCUAUGUGUGGCCGUCCUUACGCACCACGUUUCCUGUUCUCCUGGCCUACGAGCCGCUGCUCCGUGAUGGGACCUGACCAGUUAGGGGGCGUGAUGGAGACCAUCGCUCGUAGAGCAGCGGCGCGGGGGAAUCGUCCGGUUGUGGAGAAGGAGCUGGAGGCCUCGGUGGAGAAGUUUAAGGAACAGGUUAGGCAGGACUCGGAUCCUUAUUAUACUUCGGCACAUUUGCUGGAUGAUGGUGUCAUUGACCCGAGGGAUACGAGGGAUGUCUUAGGGAUGUGCUUGGAGGUUGUCAUGCUUGAUCCGGUGGUUGGAAACGCAGGCUUCCAGGGGCUGGCACGAAUCUGA